UGAGCGGGUUUUUUACUGUUAUGACUUUUUCCAACAGAAGCUUCUCACUUUGCCUCCAACACAAGCCGCUCUUCUCCAGCGGCAUCGUCUGGAAGCUCCUUGUCUGGUUUUUCUGACGAAGCUUGGUCUGAGUUCACCUUUUUGAAAAUCUGCUUUUUGCCGCGUAAAGGAAGGAGUUUGUUUGCGUUUGUUUGAAGAUAAAACCGGCUGCUAGAGGAGUUUUUGUUCUGGUGAAUUUCAGUGCAGUUGGAAGAAGGUCUUGGUUUGUUUGGAGGAGCAGCUUCUGCUUCUGGGACGUCUGUGAAACGUCAGUGGACUUUGGUGCACAGCUUUCUGCAGAUUUCUUGUGUUUUUUGGAGACUGAGACGAUGAUCCAGAUGUUCUGUGUCGGUUAAUGUGCAGCAGGUUUUCCUCGUCAGGACUUUGUUCAGUGGAGAUAAACGUGGACUCUCAGGUGUGAUGGAGGAGGAGUGGGCGUCGGCCGAUCCCGCUCACCUGCAGGUCAGCUACAACCAGCUGGAGGGUCGGUUCAAACAGCUGCAAGAUGAGCGGGAGGCGGUGCAGAAGAAGACCUUCACCAAGUGGGUGAACUCCCACCUGUCCAGGGUGUCCUGCAGGAUCACUGACCUCUACAUGGACCUGAGGGACGGACGCAUGCUGAUCAAGCUGCUGGAGGUUCUGUCUGGAGAGAGACUGCCGAAGCCCACCAAAGGCCGGAUGCGUAUUCACUGCCUGGAGAACGUGGACAAAGCCCUGCAGUUCCUGAAGGAGCAGCGGGUUCACCUGGAGAACAUGGGCUCCCAUGACAUCGUGGACGGAAACCACCGCCUGACGCUGGGCCUCAUCUGGACCAUCAUCCUCCGCUUCCAGAUCCAGGACAUCAGUGUGGAGACUGAAGACAACAAAGAGAAGCGAUCAGCCAAAGACGCCCUGCUGCUGUGGUGUCAGAUGAAGACGGCGGGGUAUCCCAACGUAAACAUCCACAACUUCACCACCAGCUGGAGAGACGGCAUGGCCUUCAACGCCCUGAUCCACAAGCACAGGCCGGACCUGAUCGACUUCGACAAACUGAAGAAGUCCAACGCUCACUACAACCUGCAGAACGCCUUCAACCUGGCGGAGCAGCACCUGGGCCUCACCAAGCUGCUGGACCCAGAGGGUACCGAGCACUUCAACCAGUAUAACUGA